AGAUCCAGGCUCUCUGCUCACUACCAAGUGGCAGCAGUGGGAGUAGGCAGUGCCAACUGGACUCAGCUCAGGGGCCAGAGCUGCUGGCAGGGAACAAGGCUUGGGCUGGAGCAGGGAGAUGGCAGCAGAGAUCAUGCUAGGAACCACAGAGGGAAUGCAGCUGCUGCCCUGGGUGGCUGGAGCCAUCACCCUGCUGCUGACAGUGGUAACUGUACGCUCCCUACCCUCCUUGCUGAACUACUGGUGGUGGUGGCGGGUGAUGAAGCCCAUCCCAGGCAUCAGCCCAUGCUAUCCCUUUGUGGGGAAUGCUCUCCUGUUGGAGCGGAAAGGAGAAGGUUUUUUUAAACAGCUACAACAAUAUGCUGAUGAAUUCAGGAAACUGCCAAUGUUCAAACUCUGGUUAGGUCCGCUGCCUGUCAUGGUAUUGUACCAUCCUGAUACUGUGGAGGUUAUUCUGAGCAGUUCAAAGCAUAUACAAAAAUCAUUCCUGUACAGAUUUCUGCACCCAUGGCUGGGGACUGGACUUCUGACAAGCACUGGAGACAAGUGGCGGUCACGGAGGAAGAUGAUAACUCCCACAUUCCACUUUGCAAUUUUGAAUGACUUUCUAGAGGUUAUGAAUGAACAAGGGGGUAUUUUGUUGGAGAAACUUGAGAAGCAUGUUGACAAGGAACCAUUUAAUAUCUUUAUAGACAUCACUCUGUGUGCCCUUGAUAUUAUCUGUGAAACUGCGAUGGGCAGGAAUGUGGGUGCUCAGGACAAUAAGGAUUCUGAGUAUGUUCGUGCAGUCUACAGGAUGAGUGAUCUAAUCCAACAGCGACAGAAGUGCCCUUGGCUUUGGCAUGAUCUUUUGUACAUUCUGUUCAAGGAAGGAAGGGAGCAUGAGAGGAAUCUUAAGAUUCUGCACAGUUUUACAGAUACAGUCAUUGCAGAAAAAGUUGCAGAACUUGAAAACACCAACCUAACAAAACACGAUACUGACAUGAACAGUGAAGAAAAAAGUGGAUCCAAAAAGAGAGAAGCUUUCUUGGACAUGCUGCUGAAUGCCACAGACGAUGAAGGGAAAAAACUCAGCUACAAGGACAUUCGUGAAGAAGUAGAUACUUUCAUGUUUGAGGGUCAUGAUACAACAGCAGCUGCUAUGAACUGGGUCCUAUAUUUGCUUGGUAAUCAUCCUGAAGUCCAGAAGAAGGUUCACCAAGAACUGGACGAGGUGUUCGGCAACACAGAGCGUCCUGUUACAGUGGAUGAUUUGAAGAAACUUCGAUACCUUGAGUGUGUUGUGAAAGAAGCCCUGAGGCUGUUUCCUUCAGUUCCCAUGUUUGCACGUUCCUUGCAAGAGGAUUGCUAUGUUGGUGAAUAUAAGCUACCAAAAGGCACAAAUGUCCUUAUCUUAACUUAUGUGCUGCACAGAGAUCCUACAAUCUUCCCUGAGCCAGAUGAAUUCAAACCUGAGCGCUUCUUCCCUGAAAAUAGUAAAGGAAGGCACCCAUAUGCUUAUGUGCCCUUUUCUGCUGGCCCCAGGAACUGCAUUGGCCAGCGCUUUGCACAAAUGGAAGAGAAAACUCUUCUAGCCCUCAUCCUGCGGCGCUUCUGGGUGGACUGUUCUCAAAAGCCAGAAGAGCUUGGUCUGACAGGAGAACUAAUCCUUCGUCCAAAUAAUGGCAUCUGGGUUCAGCUGAAAAGGAGACUGAAAACCAUAACAGACUGAAAGGAAAUUCAAGAUUCUGUUUUUCCAGAAACUUCCAAGCUACUUGAACUGAGAUGUAUAUUAAAUCAGAUGUUAUGAUAGCAAUCCUGCAAUUUGUUGGAUUUAAAUGUUACUGCUGAUUGUUUAAUCAAAUCCAAUGUUCUAAUAGACAGAAGUUACUCUACUUUUCUUAGGCAUGAGAAUUUCAUGCUUUUUUUUGAGUUGCAAAACUUUAAACAUCAUGUCUUGGUGCCUUAUCUCCUCAGAUGAAGCUAUUCUAUUGCAACCCUGA